AUGGGACCUGUGAGCGCACAACUCAUGAUGGUCUGGGUGCUCUGUCCCUGCAACGGAGAGGGGCGGGGUGUUGCGGACAGAGUGGGUUUCCAGUCUACAGACGGUAUGGGCGGCUCCGCAAAAUGCGGGUCUUGUCGGCCAGGGGGUCCCCUAGGAGCCGACGCCGGGCUUCCUCGCUAG